UGGUCUGGGGAAACAUCCAAUCAGAGAAAGGAGAUGCUGAAGCAGGCAGCGACUCUGAACAUCGCCAUCCUUAUCAAAGAGGUCUCCAAUAGAUUCUCCGUCUCCAGGUCGUUUUGACAGGAAAGGGACGUAUACUUAGCGUCGAAAUGGUGCAAAUGAUGGAGUCGCAAUGCGAGUACUUUAUGUAUUUUCCUGCGGUCCCCAUCUCAGACCUAUCGGACCCGGCCCGCUACAGAACGCUCCCCCGGAGGAGUCAUCUGUACCUGGGCGAGACUGUGCGCUUCCUUCUGGUGCUGCGGUGCAAAGACGUUCCUUCUGGAGGGACGCCGACGGAUCUUCUGGGGGGCGCCGCAGGACUGGGCUUCGGCAGCGAGACCGCCAGCGGCCGGGCAUGGAGGGAGCUGGCCGGCUCUCUGUGCGCCGUCGCAAGCGUCAGCCCCGGCGAGGGCAGCCGCCAUCGCUCUCACCAGGUCCCGCAUCACCACGACUACGACGGCAGAGGCGCCGAGGAUCCGGAGGAGGACUACAUGGCGGUGGCGGAGGCGGCCAUCGCGGCGCUGGGCAGCAGAGUGGACCCCCGGUGCCGCGGUUUCCGCGACUGCAAACCGCUGCUCAUCCAUAACUCGAUGGGCAGCGGGGAGCGGGAGUUCCGCAGGGCGCCUGUGCAGUCUCCGCUGGACGAGCCCGUAGUAUUGAGCGAUGAGGUGAUCUUCCCUCUUACAGUAUCGCUGGACAGACUUCCUGUGAACACUCUGAAGGUCAAGGUGAUGGUUACAGUGUGGAAGAAGGAAGCAGAGAAUGCAGAGGUGGAGGAGCAGGGCUACCUGAGCAUCCUCCAGCAGCGGGUCCCCACACACACCUUCAGACACGACCUCAACACCUUUAAAGCACAGGUGAGCACCACCCUGACGGUGCUGCCUCCUCCGACCGUGCGCUGUAAGCAGAUGACCGUCUCGGGGAAGCACCUGACCGUGCUGAAGGUGCUCAACGAGUCCUCCCAGGAGGAGGUGAGCGUGAGGGACGUCCGGAUAAUGCCCAACCUCAACUCCUCCUACCUGCCCAUGAUGCCCGACGGCUCGGUCAUGCUGGUGGACAACGUGUGCCACCAGUCAGAAGAGGUAGGCAUGGCCUCCUUCUGCAAGAUGGAGAGCGCCACCUCCAGUUUACCCAGCAUGCUCAGCACUCUGGAGGAACACGACUUCCUGUUUCAGCUGCACCUCAACGACUGUCCACAGGAUGACUCCAAAGAGGGGCUUGAGGUUCCCCUGGUCGCUGUGCUGCAGUGGUCCACGGCCAAGAUGCCCUUCACCAACUGUAUCUACACCCACUACAGGUUACCCAGCCUCCGCCUGGACCGCCCUCGCUUCGUGAUGACGGCCAGCUGCCCGAGCUCCGUCAGGGUGAAGGAGCACUUCAGGGUCAAGUACGUCCUGCUCAACAACCUGCAGGACUUCCUCGCCGUGAGACUGGUCUGGACACCGGACGGCCGGGGUCACUGUGAUGAUGCGGACCUGAGCGCCGUGGUGUGCCACACCCCCCUGAGUAACCUGGGCCACUGCCGCCGGGGCAGCACCCUGUCCUUCACCGUGGCCUUCCAGAUCCUCAAGCCCGGCCUGUACGAGCUGAGUCAGCACAUGAAGCUGAAGCUGCAGUUCACCGCCUCAGUGACCAACCCGCCCCCUGAUGCCCGCCCACUCUCACGGAAGAACAGCCCCUCCAGCCCGGCGGUGAGGGACCUGCUGGACCGCCACCAGGCCAGCCUGGGCCGCUCGCAGUCCUUCUCCCACCAGCAGCCGUCCCGCUCACACAUCAUGAGGACGGGCAGUGCCAUGGAGCGGCGCGCUAUAACCCCUCCUGUGGGCUCCCCCGUGGGGAGACCGCUGUACCUGCCCCCCCCAGACAAGGCGCUGCUCUCCCUGGACAAGAUCGCCAAGAGAGAGUGCAAGGUCCUGGUGCUGGAGCCCAUCUGCUGAGAGACGGACGGGGGGAGGAGGAGAGCGCUGGAGCGAGAGGGAGAGAGACGGGGAAACAGGAGUUAAACAGGAAGUAGAUUGAGGGACCGAAGGCAAAAUAGCAGAAUACGUAUCAAGUACAAAGUGUAUAAAAGUAACUGCUAGGUGGGGAAAAUAGACAAAAGGUCAUAUUGAGUUGGUUUAACACAAGAGAACAGGAGAUGACAUCUGGGGAUUCAGCAAAGUGUUGUUGAACAGGUCAGUCCUUAUCUAAAGACUGUCCAACGGGACAGUCCUUAACUACAGACUGUUCAACAGGACAGUCCUUAACUAUGGACUGUCCAACAGGACAGUCCUUAACUAAAGACUGUUUAACAGGACAGUCCUUAACUAAAGACUGUCCAAUAGGACAGUCCUUAACUUAAGACAAAGGCUGUGUCUCAAUGUUGAGGAGGCUUCCUUUAACCUCAGGACCUAUAAAGGGAAAGUCCUUGUUAGGGAGCUACUUUGUGAAAGUACUUGAAUGAGGCUGCAGAUUAGCAGCACCUGACAACCCAAAAAUUCACUUUGGCCGUUUGUGUCUAUUUACUGACUGUCCAAGUCCCUAUGCUAGCUGUUCAUAUACAGUUGUCUUGAAAUAAUGAAGUAACAAUAACCUAACAUGUUCGAUUGACAAAUAGGUAAUCAUGCCUUGACGUGAUAAUUGUGAUAAUUUAAAAGACAGAUUCCUUGUGCCGCAUGGUCUCAGGGGAUAUCCUCCACCGACCGAGUAGCCUUCCCACGCUUCCUUGAAGCUUGCCCUAACCUGGCACCUAGGUAGGAUGUUUCCUCUGCUUCUUACUGUAUUGGAAUAUACGUCGCAACUCAGCAACUCAGACACGGACAAAGUGUGGGCUACCCUUUCCAAGCUGCUGCUCACCAGCAGGAAGGAGAACCAUCAAGUGAGCUCAGGAGAUUGACCUGUUCCUAACGCUGGUCCCCCCUGAACCCAGACAUCCCUAGGACAUGAGGAGGCUCUGAGAACACAUUUUAUAGAAGGUGUCUUAAUCGGCCCUAAACCAGAAGACAUCCACUAAUUAGUAGAACACUGUGAUCCACUAAUUAGUAAAACACUGUGAUCCACUAAUUAGUAGAACACUGUGAUCCACUAAUUAGUAAAACACUGUGAUCCACUAAUUAGUAGAACACUGUGAUCCACUAAUUAUUAAAACAAUAUUAUCCACUAAUUAUGAAACACUAUGGAUAGAUUGAAACAGCCAAAUCAAUGUUGAACAUUCAGCAACAAGAGGCAUGAGAUAAGAGGUGUUUUAUUAAUUAAUUGAAUCAUGUAUUUACUUGUAUUAUAAUUUAUAUAUUUAUUUAUAUUCUAUUUUAUUUAUUAAUAAACAAUCAUUAUAGAGAACUGCUUAACUUUAUUUUGUGAGAUUUUGUAGGAUUUCUUCUGUAGGUGAGCUGAGGGUUUAAUUGGGCGCCUUUUACGACCUUUGAUGUCUUUCAGAAAGUAUUGAGGGUAACAUACAUGGUGAACGACGUGCUUGUGUUACAAAUGUAUUAUUUAGCUGGAGUUGACUCUCUGAAGCUCUCGUGUUCUGCCCAUGAGAGCUGACAACCCCUUACUGGUAACAUAACAUAAUUGGCAUGUUAUGCAAAUAGGAGGUUAAAGUAUUGUACUUUGUGCAGCAUUCAAUAGUGUUGUUGUACCGUAAUCACAUUGUUUUCAGGAAUACCAUUUUUAGACAAAUGUCUGAUGAUAUAAAAACAAGUAAAUGAAAGCAGAACGAAUGAUGAAUGGAGAACUGUCUGUUCCUCUUGACAAGUUGUAGACGAUUCAGUUGUAAAUAUACACAUUUCAUUCGAAAGCUGGUGUUUUUAUUUCAGUCGUCGUACCACCCACACAAUCAUGAACAGCUACCAUUCAACUGAACUCAUACCAUCAUUUUCCUUCUUUA